AUGCCUUCGGUUCUAAUGCAUUCCACCGUUCCAAUCGAACCAUUUGNUUCGGUUCUAAUGCAUUCCACCGUUCCAAUCGAACCAUUUGUUGAUAUACCCGGACCAUUAGAGGGCUCAUCGUAUGGCAACCUCAUCACAAUACCUCAUGACUGUCUGAAUGGCGAGAAUAUAAAGUGGAGGGUUCGUGCCAAAAAAAUGAAAGAAAGUGAUUCCUUCAAAGUGACCAAAUAUCCCAGCGAACAUACAUGUUCUCUUGAAAUGAGAAUUGGUAACCAUCAACAAGCAAAAAGUUGGCUUAUUGGACACUUAAUAAAGUCCAAAUACGAACAAGUUGGCCGAACCUACCGGCCAAGAGAUAUAAUUGAGGACGUUCGACGAGAAUAUGGAGUGAACAUUACCUACAGACGGGCUUAUCGCACUAGAGAGUACGGAUUGGUGUAUCCACGAGGGUCGCCAAAAGGAUCAUAUGAUGUUGUUAGGGCAUACGACGAGGCACUUAAGCUUAUAAAUUCAAGUACCAUAUUUGAUGUUGAAGUAGAAGACGAACAAUACUUUAAAUACGUCUUCAUGGCACUUGGUCCGUGUAUCAAGGGUUUUCUAAACUGCAUCCUCCCAAUAAUCGUCGUUGAUAGGACCCAUUUGCAUGAGAAAUACAAAGGAAACGUUCCCAAUCUAGUGAUUAAAUUAGAUCGUCACAUCUCAAUUGCAAAGGCAGUUGCAAGGAUAUUCCCUGAUGUAUUUUAUGCCCUAUGUAUAUACCAUAUUCAGAACAAUUUGGUGGACAAAUUCAAGAAUAAGGACAUAAUCUCACAUUUCUACCUAGCGACGAAAGCAUAUAGAAUGUCUAACUUUCAUAUGUAUUGGGCUAAGCUCCAUCAAUAUCCUGGUGUGACGGCCUAUCUUGAGGAGGUUGGAUUACAAUGGUGGGCAAGGGUUUAUCAAGUCCAUUGUAGGUAUGACAAGAUGACGACAAAUAUAGUAGAAUGCCUCAAUGGAGUGUUGAAAGAUGCCCAAGAACUACCAAUAACAAAGCUAUUAGAGCAUAUCCGCGAGUGGCUACAAGGUUGGUUCUAUAUCCGACGUACACACGCAAUGGCAUGCACAAACAAGCUAUGA